AUGAACUGCAAGCCCUUGAUUUUGUGUACUUUCGUGGCAGUUGCACUCUGUCUGGUGCACUAUGGAGGUGCACUGCCCGCCAUCGGGCAUUACACGCACAAGAGAUUUGAUUCCAUGGGCGGCAUUGACUUCAUUCAGGUCUGUCUAAAUAACUGCGUCCAGUGCAAGACCAUGCUGGGUGACUACUUCCAGGGUCAGACUUGUGCUCUAUCCUGCCUCAAGUUCAAGGGCAAGGCUAUCCCCGACUGCGAGGAUAUAGCCUCCAUAGCUCCGUUUCUAAAUGCUCUCGAGUAACUUCCCAGCGAAGAAGCGGCUCUUGUGCGGUGUGCGAGGUGUGUGGAUAUGGAUGUGCGUGCUUUUAUGGCCUGUGACUCAGGUGUGGAUUUAUUUGGGUCAAUGCGAGGCGAUGCUCAAUACGAAUCUUGGCGAACUUGGCUGCUGAUGUUGACCACAACGAUGAUGAAACUGACUUUGCUCAAAAAAAAAAACUGA